UAACAGAGCUAAGGCGAGGGCUAUAUAAACCUCUGCAAGAUGCAGCCCUUUACAAACCUACUAACUUCUCCUGACCCAGGGGGUACACACUCUCCCACACUUCAAUAUGACUUCCAGAAUAAAGAGAGAUUUCCUUGGGAUGUUGCUCAAAUCCAGAUCGAUCAGCGUUCAGCACAGCAUCCCCACUGCCACUGCUGUCUGUGACUUAAAGGAGGAAGAACUCCCAGCACCCUCCUCCUGCCCCCACUCACUGGCAGCCCUGCCGGGACCAACCAAAUUGCCCAUACUGGGGAGCUUGCUGGACAUUUUAAGGAAAGGGGGGCUGAAAAGGCAACAUGAAGCACUGGCAAGUUACCACAAGCAGUUCGGGAAGAUCUUCCGUAUGAAGCUCGGAUCCUUUGAUUCUGUCCAUAUCGGAGCCCCUUGUCUUCUUGAAGCGCUCUACAGGGAAGAAAGCAAUUACCCCAAAAGGCUAGAGAUUAAGCCAUGGAAAGCCUACAGAGAUUAUCGUGACGAAGCUUAUGGACUGCUAAUACUAGAAGGAAAGGACUGGCAGAGAGUCCGAAGUGCCUUUCAGCAGAAGCUAAUGAAGCCAACAGAAGUGGGGAAAUUAGAUACUAAAAUCAAUGAGGUUUUAGUGGACUUUAUGAAGAGAAUUGACAGUGUUUGUGAUGAGGAUGGAACAAUAGAAGAUUUAUAUUGUGAACUAAAUAAAUGGUCACUUGAAAGUAUUUGUCUUGUGCUUUAUGAGAAGAGAUUUGGAUUUCUGCAGCCGAAUUUAGGGGAAGAGGCCCAGAACUUUAUUACAGCCAUAAAAAUGAUGAUGAGCACCUUUGGACUCAUGAUGGUGACACCAGUUGAACUCCACAAAAGCCUGAAUACUAAGAUAUGGAAGGACCACACUCAUGCCUGGGACAGCAUCUUCAAAACUGCCAAAUGUCACAUUGACAGAAGAUUGACUAAACUGUCAUCAAAAGGCUCCGAAGAUUUUUUGUGCACCAUCUACAACGACAGCAAGUUAUCCAAAAAAGAAAUGUACGCGACCAUCACCGAAAUGCUCAUUGGGGCAGUGGAAACUACAGCCAACAGUUUGCUUUGGGCAAUAUUCAACAUCUCCCGUAACCCGCACAUUCAGAAGAAACUUCUAGAAGAAAUUGAGAGUGUAUUGUUACCAGACCAGGUCCCUACGGCAGAUGAUAUCAGAAAUAUGCCAUAUCUAAAGGCCUGCUUGAAAGAAUCAAUGAGGAUUACUCCAUCCAUUCCCUUCACAACCCGAACUCUCGAUAAAGAAACCGUUCUUGGAGAUUAUGUUCUGCCAAAGGGGACUGUACUGACCAUAAACAGCCAUGUUCUGGGCUCAAACCAAGAAUGCUUUGAUAACUGGAACCAGUUCCGACCCGAGCGUUGGCUUCAGCAAAAGAACACCAUCAACCCCUUUGCUCACGUUCCAUUUGGCAUCGGGAAAAGAAUGUGUAUCGGCCGACGACUGGCCGAGCUGCAGCUCCAAUUAACUCUGUGUUGGCUGAUUAGGAAGUACGAGAUUGUAGCCACCGAUAAUGAUCCAGUGGAGACAUUACACUUGGGGACUCUGAUGCCCAGCCGUGAACUUCCAGUUGCGUUCCACAGGAGAUAAAUCCAGGUGAGGAAUGAACGGAAUUUGUUUACAUAUGCUCCUAAACUCUUUGGCACUGACCUUCUCGGACAGCAGUGUGACCAGGCUUUGAACCUCAGAAUCUGGCAAGCAGAAUAUGUUAACAAGCAGUCACAAUGCUGAAGUCAACUGAUAGCACUGACGGGAAAAUGGGGCGGUCAAUACGCUAAACCACGUAACACAACUAUGCAACGUGUUUGCUAAAAAGAUAUGCCUGGUAUUUGCUCAGCUGAAAGUAGGCCAAAGUAUGUUGUUGAAGGCUACAGCCGUUCACAUUUGUUGCGGAGAUAAAAGGUGCUCUCCACCUGCCAAGUGAUUAUAUCUAGAGGGCAACUGUAAUAAAACAAACAUGUUUGCUCACAACCACGCCACCCAUUUAUGAGACUUCACUGGUGUUUACUGUGUAUGUGCUGAGUUUACAAAACUAUAUUUAACAUACAGCCAUUUAAUAAUAAGUGUUUCUGGGACAUAGGGGAAUUUGAGUGCAGUGGCCCUGAAUUUUAACCAAAAGGUUCAUUAUUUGUUAAAACAAUCAGUGCUGGGAACAGAAACUGCUCCACUGGCGAAUGGAUGUACUUGUCUACAAAUGACUCAAAACAGCGGAUCUAUGAGUCUAAACUAUGCCUGGAGUCUGAUAUCUUUCAGCACCUCCAAAAAGUCAGAUAAAAUGGCAAAUUGUCUGUUUUUUUGCAAGAUACCCCCGAAAUGGGGGUGGGGUCAUCAGUAAUCAGUGACUAAAUUUACUAGCAUAUAAAAAUUGAUAUUUUUUUUUCUGUUCAGAGACCCCGACGUGCAAUUUGGCAACACAAUCUAAAUGCAGUUUUACAAAUUAGUUUGCUUCUUAUAUUAACCUUUCAGUCCCUGUCGUAAAGUAAGUAAGGAUUCAGUUUCAUUAUUCAUCCUGCUUAGUUGGCGCAGAAAACAGGGGAAAAAAUUAUCAAAAUUAGAAUUUUCAAGUUUCACGAACAGUUAUGGGACCUGUUAUCCAGAAUGCUUGGGACUCAGGGCUUUCCAGAUAAGGGAUCUUUCUGUAAUUUAGA